AUGAUGGAUAGCACAAACUCAAGACCAAAGAGCCGGCCGAAUUGGGCAUCUCGCAAAAAGGUUAGUCUUGAUCCAACAACAUUGGCAAUAAAUGAGUCCAUGACUAUGGUUUCCGCAAUGCGUAGAACAAAUAGAUGGUCUCAAACUGGUGUCGCUGCAUUGUUGAGCGCUAGUGACAUAUUUGGAAGCCAUGAUACUGACGAUGACCCCAGCGAUGAAGGGUUUGCCAACAAUUUUAGUAGUCGCGGUUUCCUGGAUAAAAGCAUCAACUAUAAUGGAACCACAUGCAAUAGCCGAUCAGGUGGAGCAGCAGCAGCAGCAGCAGCAGCAGCAACAACAGGCGGUGGUAAAGCCGGAGGACUGGAUAGCCCGCUACUAUCAUCUUUUUUACAGUUGAGAUCUAUUUUGUGCGAAUCCGAAAGCAUCUACGAAAUCGACAGCCUAACUUUACUCCAACCUUUCCUUCUUGUCAUUAAAUCAUCAACCACCUCGGGAUAUGUGACGGGAUUGGCCUUGAAUGCCGUGUCCAAGUUUCUCAUAUUUGACCUUAUCUCACUAGAAUCGAAAAACGUGCAAAACUCUUUGAUUCAAAUUGUUUCCGCAUUGACACAUUGCAGGUUUGAAGCAGAAGACCAGAAUUCAGACGAUGCGGUUUUACUAAAAGUAUUAAGGUUAUUGGAGAAAUUGGUUGAAAGCUCUCUUGCAACUCUUCUUCCAAACGAGAGCGUUUCAGAAAUUGUACAAACGUGUCUUUCAUUAGCUUGUAAUAAGAGAAGAAGCGAAGUUUUGAGAAGAGCAGCCGAAAUGUCAAUGGUUUCUAUCACCGUAAAGAUAUUUUCAAAGUUAAAAGAGCUCGAGCCAGAACACGAUAUGGGAAAUGACUUGCGUACAAAUUUUACAAAUACAAAAUUGCCAGAGGAUGUGAUUGGGGGCACAGAGGCAGAAUCGGAAGCAGAGAAUAGAGAAACCGUUUUGAAUAAUAAUGGAACCGAACCGGUUUCGAAAAAUGUUACUACAGAGGCAGCGGCAACUACUAGUUCUGAGCAAAAACAUCUUCGACCUUCAAGUGAAGAAGAGGCCGAUGAACCAUUUGGUAUAGUUUGCAUUAAUGAAUUUUUGGGCAUUCUUGUGUCCAUUAUUUCUCCAUCAAAUCAGCAUCAACAUAUGGAAAGUACAAGGGUGUUUGCUUUGUCGUUGAUAAAUGCAGCCGUGGAAGUCGCAGGGUUUGAGUUGGCAAAGUAUCCGUCAUUAUUAACGAUGAUUGCAGAUCCCGUGUCAAAAUACGUUUUGCAAAUCGUGACCACCACCGACUCCAUUUCUUUGUUGAAGUCAGCUUUACAACUAUUCUCAACAAUCUCGAUUGUUUUGGGUAACCAGCUCAAGCCUCAAUUUGAAUUAUCGAUACGUAUAAUCCUUCAAACACUACAACCAGAAGCACUCCUGACUGAGAAAAGCCAAGCUAGAAAAGCCAACGUACAAACUCGGUCACCCAUUUCCAAAGAACUCAUGCUAGAGUCAUUGAGUUUAUUAUGGACAAGGUCGCCUGCAUUUUUCACACAAUUGUUUGUGGAUUACGAUUGCGAUUUUGAAAAAACUGACUUGUCUACUGAUUUUUUGAAAUUUUUGUGCAAAUUAUCUUUACCAGAGGCGGCAUUUUCUACAACACACAAUGUUCCGCCAUUGUGUUUGGAAGGUAUACUAUCGUUCAUUGCUGGUGUUAGCGAGAGAUCAAAAGCUCACAAAGGAGGCUCCAAAUCGGAACUUCUGGAUCGAUAUAUUGAAAAUAGACGCAGGAAAACAGCUUUCAUUAGGUGCACAGAAUUAUUGAAUGAGAAUCCAAAGGAAGGGAUAAAAAUGUUGGCAAGGGAAAAAUUUAUCAAAGACGACUCGGACCACGAAGAAAUAGCUAAUUUUUUCUUCUCAAAAUCUGGUCGAUUGAACAAGAAAAUUCUUGGAGAAUAUCUUGCAAAACCUAAAAAUUCAAAUUUACUUGAUAUCUUUAUAGGUUUAUUUGAUUUCGAAAACUUGCGUGUUGAUGAAGCUUUAAGAAUUUUAUUGAAGUCGUUUAGAUUACCUGGUGAAUCGCAACAGAUUGAAAGAAUUGUUGAAAAAUUUGCUGAAAAAUACGUGUCGUGCCAGAAAAACUCGGAACUCAACCAUGUUGAUCUUUCGAUGAAGUCUCCAACAAAAAGACGUAGUUCUGCGGGAGAAAGUGGCAGUGGUGGUGGAGUAGUGGGAGUAGGGGGAGAUGAGAUUGUACGGCCCGAUAAAGAUUCUGUUUUUAUUUUGUCCUAUUCAAUAAUCAUGUUGAACACCGAUUUGCAUAAUCCACAGGUUAAACGUCAAAUGCUUUUAGAUGAUUACGAAAGAAAUUUGAGAGGCGUUUACAAUGGUAAGGACUUUCCUGCCUGGUAUCUUUCAAAGAUUUAUUGUUCGAUAAAGGACCGAGAAAUCAUAAUGCCAGAAGAGCAUCAUGGAACCGAUAAGUGGUUUGACGAUGUUUGGCACAACUUGGUGUCUACGCAGGACAUCAACCACUGCGACAGGAUUGAGCUUGAUAUACAAGAGUUGUGCAAUUUCGACAAAGUUUUGCUUGCCGAUGUGAUAGAACAACUCGUUACAACAUUGAUGACUGUUUACAAGGAGGCGUUAGACGAUCAUGUGGUAACUCGAUUAAUGUCUUGUAUUGACAAAAUCACAAACAUAUGUUUGGCACAUGGGCUCUAUGACGCAGUUGAUGAUUUGACUUUGAGAUUGAUUCAAUUUUGUAAUCUCAGUAAAGAUUACUUCAGGAAAGGCCCACACGAUGACAAUAUCAGGGAUGAUAUACCCAUUACUCAAAUCAAGAUUGAAAAGAAAGAAGAAGAAGUUUACGUGGGAAAUUUGGCUGUAUGGUUUGGAAGAGAUUUCAAAGCACAGUUAGCUGCCGUUAUGCUUUUUAGAUUGAUCAGAAAGAGCAAUUGCAAAGUUACCAAGUCAUGGAACAAAGUGAUUGAAGUGAUUUUGAACUUGUUUGAGAAUUGUUUAGUUGAUCCGAAUUUGUUUGUUGAGUUUCAGAAAAAGAUUCAAAUUGGACCAUUGCCAAAAGUGCAACCGCAUUUUGUUAUCAGCAGACCUAAACCUUUAAACAACUCAGGAAUUUUGUCCACCUUUUCCUCGUUUCUCAAAAGCUAUAGUGACGAGCCCCCAGAACCUAGUGAUGCCGAGGUUGAAGCAACGAUUUCUUCAAUGGACUGCAUCGCGUCCUUCAAUAUUCCCAACAUUUUUGCAAUUGUAUCUAAAAGCGAACCAAAAAACUUACAGGCGUUCAUUCAUUUACUAUUGUCCUCCCUCCCCGAGGAGCAGACUGAUAAAACAAAAAGGUAUUAUGAAACAGAAACACUAUUCAUUUUAGAAGCAAGUGUUUGUUUUUGUUUACUAUUAAAUAAUCAGAAUUUGAUGGAGGUGGUUUUGAGUAAACUUGAAGCUUCUAAAUUGAGCACAAGAGGCCAGUUGAGGUUAACUACAUACAAGCUUUUAUUGUUGAGAUAUUACAAGAAUGAAGAAACUUUGAUGUCGACAAUAAAAUCAUUAAGCAGUUUCGACAAAGAUUUAAUAAGUAAGCACGGGGGUCAAAUAUUACAACCAUUAUUAUCUCUUUUGGAUGAGGAUAGCUGGUGUUGUAAAAAAUUACUACUCGAUGAAAGUUAUUGGAACUCAUUGCGUUUUUUCGGCUCCCUUCAAGUUUACGCUUCUGAUAUUGUUCCAUUCCUUGAAGGUUUUAUAUCCAACUCAAACUCAAACGGUUGUGAUAUUAGUCCCGAUAAUUUUAUCUCAAUCUUGGGACUCAUGGAUGAAAUAUCCUCAUUAGGUGCUAUUGGCUCCCAAUACGAACAUGAAAGUGAGUAUAAAGGCGGCAACUUGGCACCCAACCCGUACUACAAUGAUGUAAUUAGUUUGGCAAAGCAGUCCAUCGAGUUGACCGCUAGAUUAGCCUCGAUGCUCCAAAGAGAAGAAUUUCAAAAAAAUGGGUUAUCGUAUUCUUUGAUACAGGCAUUGGCUCACCAAUGUUUCAAUCCCUGUCGAGAAGUGAGAGAGUAUGCUGUUAAGACAUUGCAUACGAUUACUGCGUCUAUUGAAAUAAAAGGCGAUGUUAGUUUCAGCGGUAUAUUUGAAUUUGGGUUUUUUCCUUUAUUAUCGGAAUUAUCCAAGCCAUACGUAUUCCAAGGCGGUGCAAAUGGGUUUGCCAAAACUCAGAAUGAAGUAUUUUCGUUAGUGAGUAAAGUGUUUUUGAAGAAUGUUGAUGAGUUGCAUAUAGAUGAUGUCAAGCUUGUGUGGUUUCAACUCUUGGAUAAGUUGCAAGACUUUGUAAAUAUCAAUGGCAAGUUGUUGAAGCCAGAGCUGGUAGAAUCGAACAAGGAGACGUUAAAGAAUAUGGUUCUUGUAUUACAAGCUAACGGAAUUUUGACAAAUGACCAUGAGGAGAUUUUGAAAACGUCUGUGGAAAAAAUAGGAACCUUGUUUCCUCAAUUGAACCAAGAGUUGGGUUUGAUGUGUGAAACUAUUGCAGAGGAAACACCAAACGUGGAAGAAGCGAAAACGAAGAAAGUUAUUGAGCUGGAAAGUGGGUAG